CAUGAACCAAUGCCACCAAGAAAAAAAAUCACGUUUUUAAAAAUAAUAUAUUCCUUUAAAGGUACCACCUAAUAUACCUCUUACUCUGUUUCUCCUCCAAGAAGCUCGCUUUCCAUGGAACAUGAACAUAAGAAGCCGCUUUUAUCGGAAGAUAACACUGUUCAUGACCUCGUACCAAUCGAAUCCUUGGACGAUGGGGACAUCAGGGAAAUCAAUAGCGUGGCAGACUUCUUCAGAGAAUUCUUUAGUGAAUCAAGAAAGCUUUGGUACUUGGCUGCUCCAACUAUCUUCAACAAUGUGGCCAUUUAUGGUUGUGGUGUUCUGACUCAAAUCUAUUCCGGUCAUCUGAGCACCACCCAACUCGCUGCGAUUUCCAUGGAAAAUUUUGUCAUUUCUUCCAUCAGCGUCGGCUUAUUGGGGGGAUUGGGGAGUGGAUUGGAGACUCUAUGCGGACAAGCAUACGGAGCUAAACAUCUUGAUAUGCUGGGAAUAUACUUGCAAAAAUCUUGGAUUAUACUCAACUCUGUUGCAAUUGGAUUAGUUUUUUUGUUCCUUUUCGCGACCCAGAUCUUGAAUUUGCUAAGGCAGGAUCCUGAAAUAUCAGUGGAGGCAGGGAAGUUCGCGCGAAUGAUGAUCCCGCAGCAUUUUGCUUUUGCAAUGUAUGUUCCCCUGGCCAAGUUUCUGCAGGCACAGAGCAAGGUCUUGGAGAUGGCUGGGAUAGCGGGAAUUGCAGUUUGUUUGCACGCCAUUUCAGGGUGGAUUUUGAUGAUGAAGCUGAGAUGGGGACUCUUUGGUGCGGCUUUGGUAUUGAAUUCAACUUGGUGGUUCAUUGUAAUGUGUCCAUUGUUGUUUGUUGUGUCUGGAUAUUGUGGUGGAGCUUGGUCUGGUUUCUCAUGGAAAGCAUUCUCCAAUCUUUUCGACUUCUUCAAGCUCUCCAUUUCUGCAGCUUUAAUGAUCUGCUUGGAAAUGUGGUAUGUGAUGGCUAUGACCCUGGCUGCUGGAUACUUGCCCAAUCCCAAGGUUUCAGUUGCAGCUUUGUCAAUCUGCAUGAACAUAAACGGCUGGAGCGGUAUGGUGGGCAUCGGCUUCAAUUCAGCAAUAAGUGUUCGAGUAUCCAACACACUGGGGUCAGGCCAUCCUAGAGCUGCAAAGUUUUCGGUGAUAGUGGUCGGAGCGACAUCGUUUCUGUUUGGUUUUGUGGUUGCUUCAAUUUUACUUUUGGAAAGAAAGCGAUUCCCAGCAUUAUUCACUGAUAAUAAACAAAUCCAGCUGCUGGUGGAGGAUUUGACUCCAUUCUUGGGAGUCACCAUUGUCCUCAAUUGUCUUCAAAAUGCUUUAUAUGGGGUGACAAUUGGAGCAGGAUGGCAAAAUUUGGUGGGCUAUAUAAAUGCAGCUUGCUAUUUGUUUUUGGGUGUUCCUUUGGGAGUUUUACUGGGUUUCAAGUUUGAUAUGGGCAUCAAGGGGAUUUGGUAUGGUUUGCUGCUAGGACUUUUCCUACAGGCGGCAACAAUACUGCUGGUAGCUUGUAACAAAAACUGGGAAGUUGAGGCGGAUACUGUUCGAGCGAGACUCAAACUCUUGGGCAAGAUGUGAAGAUUGAUCAAUUGAUGAAGAAUUGAAAGACUCGCAUAUGAGCUGAGCUUCUACAUGUAAACAAUCAAGUAUUUGGACCUAGUCCAAGAGGUGGGGAAAAAGGCUUUCUAAGGAUGGUACAAAUGCCAAAAGUCCGAUUUAUUAUGGACUAGGGUCGCUAAUAUUGUACUUUUAGGUUGCUUCAAUUGUGGACAAAUUGUCCACUUAAUUCUAGUUAAAGUUGACAAUCCACAUUACAAGGUUUUAUACCAAAAUUGUACCAAAAGUGAAGCAUCAUACAAACAAGUGCGCAAGGUUUUUUUUUUUUUUUUUUUUGUUACCAAAAGUGUGUAAUGUUGUUGAUCAUCACUUGACCCAAAGUUUAAAAAGAUGCCAG